AUGUCUGAAUCCCAUCGCAAACGCCAAAAGCUGGACCAGCCCAGCGACGAGCCCAAGGAUGCUCUGGGCGAGCUCGAGCUGGUCUUCAGCGGCAACCCUUCGGCCUCGGAUCUGUAUCUGCUUGCCCUGGACGAGCAGAGCGGCAACCCCAAGUCCUCGGCCACCCGGCCUGAGGCGCUCUCGGGUGACCGGCAAGAUACCCGAGUCGUCGUCACCAAGAUAUUCGAGAUGGCUGCCGAAAAGUUCAAGCAGGAAAAUCCUCAGGACGCUCAGGAUCUGCUGGUCCAUGCCUCUUGCCUGCGCGACUUUGGUGCAUAUAUCAAGGUGCGGACAAUGCUCGAAGAGUCUAUUGCGAUCUACAGCAAGGUUGUCCAGGCCCAAGCAGACUCGGCACCUGCAUGGCUCGGACUCGGCAAAGCCCGCUUGCUCUGGAUUCGCUCGACCGGCGGCAUCACAGACGACGACGACGCAGCCGGCAAAGACUCGUUCAAUCUCGAGGAUGCAGAGGAAGACGAAGACGACGGACUUGACGAGCUCUACAAGGUGCCAAAGACCGAGCUCGAGAUGUUCAAGAAGGCCGGAAGCGACUUUGAGAAUGCUCAGAAGCACCUCAAAGCCGAAGGAGAAGAGGCCAGGAAGAACUGGAUCGUCGUUGGAUCGGCCUAUCUGGACUAUGCUCUCUUCCAGAAGGACCAGAGAAAGAAGAACCCUUCCCACCUGAUCGAGACGCUGGUCCAGGCCCUUCGGUACAUCGGCAAAGGAAGCGAUGCCAAACGUCCGGAUGCCGAUGCGCUCAAACUCCAUGGCAUGGCGCUUUACUAUUUGGCCGAUGUCAAGCAAAAGUCUUCCACUGAUCCAAGGGACGAUGGAUCCCGAGAAACUGCUGACGCCGUCGCCAGGCUGUCGCAGGCCCGAGAUCUCGUUGGCGACAGAGACAGUGAUCUCUACUACAACAUCUCGGAAAUGCUCGGCCAAGCGUACAUUCUGCAGAGCACCACGGCUGCUGAUGACGACCAGGUCCUGGAGGCAUACGAAACGGGCAUCGAGAUCCUGGUGGAAGUGCUCGCCAAGUAUCCCGACAAGACCCAGCUGCGCGAGCAACUCGAGGCGUUCGGUGUGCUGGACGACGACGACGACGGGGAGUGGGACGACGAGGAUGCCGAAUAG